AUGACCACAACUUGUCCAGAGAAGUGUCUCAGGUUUAACCCUGAUGCCACGGUGUGGAAGGCCAAGCAGCAGGUUCUGUGUUCUCUCACCGAGUCUCUACGGGACGUCCUGAACUAUGGCCUGUUCCAGCCCGCCACAGACGGACACGACGCCAAGUUCCUGGAGGAGGAACGCCCGCUCCGAGAGUACCCACAAUCCUUUGAGAAAGGAGUGCCAUAUCUGGAGGUACAGGACUCAGGCUUGUUCUUUUUUAAUUGA